UCCAAAUGGCACUCAAUCUGAAGCGCAAAAGAGGAAAGGAAAACAGUUCGCGAGGCUCGAAGAAGAGACAGUUAACUCCCGAGGCCGAACAUGAAAAUGGCGUGCAAGCCGUCGAGAACUCCGGGAGCGAAAGCGAAGAUGCCGCGCUGCCAGAGGAUGGCCAUUCUGCAUUGGAGGCGAAUGGUCCUGAUGACGCGAGUGAAGCAGGGGAGGAUGGCGCGGAGGGAGAAGACGAAGAAUGGGAAGGCACGGGUGUAUCUAUGGAUGUUGACGGAGAGCCCCACCACGAGCGUGGGGGAAAGCCCAAGAAACCACCCACUGGAGACGAAGUCAGAGCGAUCAAGGAAGCUACCGACCUGUUCAGGUCCGGCUCGUUUAAAUUGCAGAUUGAUGCUUUACUCCCGAACGUCCGUCCGAAACCCUCUCGCAUGGCGCCUCUGGACCGCUUCCUUCUCGCUUUACAUUUGUGUCUAUCCUCGCUCCCAUCAGUUGACCCUCAGCAUCCCUUGGAAGCCGCGCGAUCACUAUUGAACAACGAGAUUCCAGGGAACCCUCCCAAAAGCAAAUCCAAAAGCAAGGGUAAAAUGAAGGCUAGUCCGCCGUCAACAUCCAUCUCCGUCCCGUACCCGUUGCCCUUACCCUCUGAGGAUGCAAACUGGAAAGUGGUGUUCGAAAAACCUGCAGAUGUGUUUCUAGUGGGAAGCUGGGCGAACAAAGUCAGCGUCAAAGCGAAGGAUGGUGAACCUUGGAGUGUAGACGUUGCGGUCGAGAUGCCCUCAAACCUAUUCCAAGAAAAAGACUACCUGAACGGACGCUUUUUUCACAAAAAAGCGUAUUACUUGGCUGUCUUAGCUAGACACAUUGUUGACUCAAACAGUGGGCUAAACGUGGAUACAUUCUACGAAUCCAGUGGUGGCGAUCUUCGGCUGACCACACUUGUGUUGCGUCCGCGACAGGAUGGCUCUCAAACUGACUUCACAAAGCUCAAUGCCCAAGUCAGAAUCAUCCCUGUCCUGCCACCAUCGUCUCCGAUCCCUCUUUCCCGCCUCUCUCCGCACCGUAGUAACUUCCGAGUUCAUCACCUGACAGAAAGCGAUGCACCUCCCGUCGAGUCAACAUCCGAGAGUCUUCCGACCCCGAUUUAUAACACUGCUUUCCUUCUAUCUGUUACCCCCAAACCGCAUCUGCUAUCCGUACAUGCACUGAAACAAGAUAUACCAUCGUAUGCUGAUGCGCUGGCUCUCCUCCGUAUAUGGGCGAACCAACGAGGCUAUGGCGAAGGCAAAAAGAUGUGCGUGCGAGGCUUCCAAGGGCGUGGCGCCUGGUGGAGCAGUCUGUUGGAGAUGGUAGUGAACGGUGAAGAACCAGUGGUUAAUGCCAUUAGCAAGACGACACGAAAAAGGCCACUAGGCAAGGGGCUCAGCUCUUAUCAGCUGUUCAAGGCCGCCUUGAGCUUUCUAAGCCGUCAUGACUUUGUGAGUGAGAGAACAUUUGUCAAGAGCAGAGAGGGCCAUCGUUUUCCUCCAGAGACGUACACAUCUCAUGAUGGAGCAGUUUUCGUAGACUCAUCAUCGUUGAUCAAUCUGUUGGCAGGUGUUCCUCUUGCCUCGCUUGACAUGCUCAGAUAUGAUGCCAAAAUAACGUUGGAGAUAUUGGACAACAACACAGUCUCAAACGACCCUUUCCCGGACGUUUUCUUGAAGGAAAGCCGAGAUCUCUUAAAUCGAUAUGACGCCUUGAUACGUGUUGACAUCUCUUCAGCCAAAAUACGUUGUCCAUCGUUGCAUGAAACACUUGAGCAUGGAUCACCGUCCAACGCAUUAUUCAGUUCUCUCGCAUCCUUGCUUCGCCGUGGUCUUGGCCAACGCAUCAAAGGACUGGCAAUCCUCCAUCCUUCUCUCCGACCUCGAUCUUUAUCCCAGGCACAUCCUUCAAACCCCUCUCUCAUUUUCAUCGGACUAAUAUUCAACGCCGAGCAUGCAUUCCGACUAGUUGAUCACGGUCCUACGGCGUCAGAAGCUAUCUCAAAGGCCGCAGAGGAUUUCCGCGAUUUCUGGGGAGAUAAGGCCGAGCUUCGCCGAUUUAAAGACGGAAGCAUCGUUGAAAGCGUUGUCUGGGAUGUCAAGAGCGCAGACGAACGAGCCCAUAUUCCGACCAUGGUCGUGCGACACAUCCUGGCCCGACAUUUCAAUCUUCAUGAAGACGUGGUGGUCACAUGGCAGCCCGCGUUUGAUAGUGUCUUGAGGCUGCCAGAGUCUAUCUCGUCAUUGUAUCGCUCUGCGGGCAUGUCUGCAGGUUUCAAAGGCGCUAUGGCUGCUUUUGACGAACUCGUCAAGAUUCUCAAGAGUCUGGACAAAGAUCUUCCAUUAUCAAUCCUCAAUGUCAGCCCUGUGUCGGAAUCUCUGCGCUACACUAGUGCCUUCAAUCCUGUUGCCAUACCUGUAUCCUCUUCCACAUCUCUUCCCCAAUGUGCCCGAUACGUUCCACCGAUGGAGAUCAUCUUGGAAUUCGAGAAGUCAGCACGGUGGCCAGACGACCUACGGGCUAUCCAGAAAAUGAAGUUGGCAUUCUUCGAGCGGAUGACAGCUGCUUUGACGAACGCUGUGGACGGUGUCCGUGCACAAGUUGUCGUUGGCGACGGUGUCACAGGGUCGCAAAUCCAAGAUCAAUCCCGAUUGGAGAUCGUGACGAGCCAAGGUUGGGUAUUCUUGGCACGGAUAUGGCACGAUCGCGAGGCAACACUGUUGCACCGGAUCGUCGAUGAGCAGCUACAUGUGCCAAAAGCGCUAGAAAUACCGAGUGAGGAUCCACGCAAGGCUCAGGAUCGGGAGGAGGCCACGCAUGCAUUGGAGUUAUACACUCGGGAGUUCAUUCAUUCGCCUCGACAUCAUCGUGCCAUUGCGGUGCUGUGUCAUCGUUUCUCUGCCUACGCGGGAACAGUCAGACUAGUCAAGAGAUGGUUGGCGGCGCAUUGGCUAUUGCACAGUCAAGUUGGCGAAGAGGUUGUGGAAAUUCUCUGUGCCUCCAUCUUCCUUGGUCGAGGGCCAACAUCAAAGUCGGGACAGGUAUAUGAGAAUGUGCCGGAAAGCAGGGAGCGCGGAUUCGCGCAGGUCAUCCGAUUUUUGAAAGACUGGAAGUGGGCAGACAGCGUCUUUGUGCCGCUUUAUGGCGAGGCGGAGGGUGGACUCGAUCCAAGCAAGGCUUCUGCUCCCGUUGGCGCGAAGAGCGUGUGGACAGUAUCAACGGAGUUUGAUAAGGGCGGCCAUAUGUGGACAACUCAGGGCCCUGACCUUAUUGCUGCCCAUCGUGUGCGCGCAUUAGCAAAGGCUACGUGGGAUUGCUUGCAAGGGAUAGAGACACACGCAUUAGAUGUGAAGUCUCUCUUCAUCCAUCCCAUCGACGACUACGAUUUUGUCAUCCAACUCGAGCAAUCAGUUCUCCCGCGCUACUACCAAAACAUUACUGCAGAUCCUAGUGCAUGGGCUAGGAAAGGCAAAUUCGCGAAUCUACCUCAAAAUGACGAGACAGGCACUCCCCGGCCUGGAUUUGACCCUGCGCAGAUGUUCGUUGACGAUCUCAAGCGCAUCUACACAGACACUCUGAAAAUAUUCUAUGAUCCACUUGGUGGUGAUAGAAUUGGCGCAGUCUGGGACCCCAGCCUCAAGCAGGCUCGACCAUUCCGCGUCUUCAAUAACUUUUCCAGUAUUCCAAUCGCUAAAGGGAAUGAGAAGGGUAAAGACAAGGAUAAAGGGCUGGUGACCCUGAACGAAAGCGCAGUAUUGAGUGAGAUCGCUCGUUUGGGUGCCGGUCUAGUCAAAAAUUGAUCGAGGGCAAGUAUAUUGUCCUCUACGAUCUAAUCCACCCGCAUGAUCAGGUUCAUCAUGUAUAUGGCUUCGCGCGUACACUGUAACAAACACAGGAAUACU